AUGAGCACCAAACCAGCACCUUCAAAGCGCUCAGCAAGAGCAAAGGGCCCCAGUAGGGGGCAGGCAAAGUUCAAGAUUGUUGUUCGUCGGCUUCCAGCCAACCUUCCAGAACACGUCUUCAUGGACUCCAUCAAGGGCCUUGUGCCCGACUCAGCCCUCGACAGACCAACAACCUGGGUUGCAGGAAAAGUCAGCAAAAAUCCUGUGAAAGCAAACACCUUCGCGCGUGCCUACAUUUACUUCAAGAACGAGAAGCUCGCGCUCGAGUUCCAAAAGGCUUACCACGGACACACCUUUGUGGAUCGACAUGGAAACGAAGGCAAGGCUCAUGUCGAGUUUGCUCCCUUUCAAAAGAUACCCCGCGAGCAGCGCAAGGCGGACACCAAGCAAGGAACCAUCGAAGAAGAUCCGGAUUACAUUGCAUUCCUCCAGUCUUUGACGGCGGACCCAACCGAUGCCGAGAAGGAAAUGAAGCUUUCAGGAACCGAACAGCUGUUGAAGGAGAGCGCCAUCAACCCAAAGUCAACACCUCUAUUGGAAGCAUUGAGGGCACAGAAGGCUGCUGCACAGGCCAAGGCUCAGGCUGCCAAGCUGGCUGCCCGUCAGGCGAGACAAGCAGGGAAAGCAGGAAUAUCCAAUGCCGGCAAAGUCCAGAUCACCAUUCUCGCCAACAGGAACGCGAAAGAUGCCGCAAACAAGGCAGGAACUUCUGCAUCCACAAACUCGGCUGCAUCGAUAAACAAGUCUCAGACUCCACAGGGCAAGAAGGCAGCACAAGCACCCGAACCCGAGACUACACAGGGAGCAAAACCAAAACGGGAGAGGAAGCGCCGAGACAGAGCAAGCAAGCGGGCAGGAAAUGAAGCAGCUUUGACAGGCAAUGCCAGCCAACAACAAGGAGACUCCGCCCCACCCCAGAUCACACUGUUGAAGCCCAAGAACGCUCAAGGGUCUCAAUCCUCCAACGUGGCGACUCAGGGUUCAGGACAGCAGGAGGCGCGUCCGCAAUCUGCCCAAAACCAGCCUAACCAAGGAGGAUCCAACUCUGGUGGCCGUCGGGGACAGCAAAAUCAAGGAAACAAUAAUCAAGGCAACAGCAGCAAUAUCACCACCAGCAAUAACACCAGCACAGCACAGACUGGAAAUACAGGUUCUGGGGGCAGCGCCAAGAAGGAUCCUGCUCAGCCCGCCAAUGCAGAGGGAGGUCAGGGUCGUUCGGGGCGCUCACGCCGGAAUCGAGGCGACCGUGCGAAGCAAGAUCCCAAAGCAGGUGGAGACAAUGCGACCGGAGGCAACCCCAGCAGCAACGCCAACUCUAACCCCACCCCCAACACAAACAGCAAUAACAAUACGAAUAGCGGAUCCAAUACUGGAAACAAACCGGAGGGUCAGAGUGGUGGAGGACGCUCGGGUCGUAAUCGACGCGGCCGUGGCGGUGCUCAGGAGAACUCGACUACACCUGCUGCACAAUCGAGCCAGACACCAGCGAAGCGCCUAAAACGCAAUGACCCUGUCUCGCCUUACGAUCGCUUCAUUGCGUCGAGGAUCCCUCACCCCCUCCCUGCAAGCCGAUUCGUGACACAGGGUGGUCUGGCCCUCUUUGGCCCCGGUAUCCUUCUGGAGGCCAGAGACCUCCCCGUACAGCACCAACGCGCAAAGCCCGCUCACCCUAUCCCCUACGUCAAGACAGAGAUUAUUAAGGAAGCUGCUCAGGAUCCAUCCUUUUGGCGUCAAUUAAGGCACCAACUCGAGGAUCUGUGGGAGGAUUAUGUUGUGCAUCCUGUCCUUACUAUCUGGCGAUUUGGAGUCCUCGCUCUUAUAUUUCUGCCGCUUAUCGUCACGGUCCCCGCAGUCUUUAUUGGAGAGAGGAACAAGGAAUUGAGUGACGAGCGGUCAGGGACUCUGUGGUGGUACAGUCUCUUGGUCAAGCACAUGGAACUGGCAGGCCCUACGUUCAUUAAGUUAUCGCAAUGGGCCGCGUCAAGGACCGACAUCUUCCCCACGCAACUCUGCAUCAUGCUGUCAAAGCUGCACAAUCAAGUCGAUCCUCACUCGAUAGAACAUACCCGGCGCACGAUCGAGGCGGCAUUCGGGGGUCGCAAACUGGAGGAAAUCUUUGACGAGUUCAUCGAGACCCCUUUAGGUAUUGGCGCUAUUGCACAGGUGUAUCGCGGACGGCUUAAGCCCGGCAUCGCUCUGCAUUUCGAACCCGAAGAGGACACUGAGAGCAAGGACAGUGGAUCGGUCAUGCAUAAGCUCAGCAGUGUCACCAAAACACCAGACCCCAAUAAGCCCAAAAAACUCAAGACAGAGGUCGCCAUCAAAGUCCUUCACCCAAAAGUUGCGCGGACAGUAGAGAGGGACUUGGCGAUCAUGAGGUUCUUUGCCAAUAUCAUCCAUCAUAUACCAACAAUGAGAUGGAUCGCACUCCCGGACCAGGUGGCCAUGUUUGGCGAGAUGAUGCAGGAGCAGCUGGAUCUCCGAAUUGAGGCCAAGAACUUGGAGAUCUUUCAGCACAACUUCCGCGAGCGGUACACGGUGACCUUCCCAACAGCGCUGAAGCAGUUUGCGACCAGGGAGAUGCUGAUUGAGGAAUUUGUCGACGCAUUGCCUCUGAAGACCAUUCUUCAAAAAGGUGCUGGACCUUUCGCCUCCAAGAUUGCGGAUAUUGGUCUCGAUGGCUUCCUGAGAAUGUUGAUUUUUGACAAUUUCGUGCAUGCAGACUUGCAUCCAGGCAACAUUUUCGUACGCUUCUACAACCCCUCGGCCAACAACUUGUUCAAGCAGAUCCUGUCGAGGCUGAAGGGCGAGGAACAAAACACGAUCUCCAGUACUGACGAGGCUACCAUGCGACUGAGAGCAGUUCCUGAAGGCGACCUUGAUGCAUGGAUGCGCGAGCUUGAGUGUCUCUACAACGAGGGAUUUCGGCCACAAGUGGUCUUUAUCGACGCAGGACUGAUCUCGGAACUCUCGGACAAGAACCGACACGACUUUUUGGAUCUCUUCCAUGCACUUGCAGAAUUUGACGGAUACAGAGCAGGGAAGUUGAUGAUAGAGCGCUGUCGAUCUCCCGAGAGUGUGCUUGACGGUGAGGUGUUUGCUCUCAGGAUGCAGAAGCUGAUUCUGGGUGUCAAGGAGACGGCCAUGUCGCUUGGCAAGAUCAAGAUUGCGGAUCUGUUGUCGGAGGUCAUGGCGAUGGUUCGUACUCACCACGUUCCGAUGGAGGGCGACUUUGCCAACGUGGUGAUUUCGAUCUUGAUUCUGGAAGGUAUUGGACGGCAAUUGAACCCCAACAUUGAUUUGUUCAAGACGGCGCUUCCUAUCUUGAGACAGCUCGGUCGUCAGGAUGGUGGACGGGGCGUGGUAGAGGGAGUCAAGGAGUUGCCAGGAGGUGGCGGGUGGUGGAUCAAGAUGUGGUUCUUGCUCGAGGCAAGGCAAUGGGCGCACGAGACCCUAGAGUCGACCACCACGGUGGAUCGGCACCUCGACGUCCUUCUCCACCCCGCCAUUUAG